AUGCCUUCAUUCGCGCCAGAGUCUCCAUAUCAGCCAUAUGCAGAGGAGCACAAGAACACUCAAGGUGCAGGUGAUGCCCGACCUACCGCUCUCCAGAUCAUCAAAGAUUGUAACGCCUCCGGCAAGCUCAAAGGAAAGACAAUAUUGAUCACUGGCACAAGCUCCGGAAUCGGCGUCGAUACUGCGAAAGCACUUUACGAGACGGGUGCUCAGCUCUUUCUUUCCGCUCGAGACAUUCCAAAGCUUGAGAAGGUCAUCGAUGACAUCGUUUCCAAUUCACCAAGCGAAGACAAGAACUAUCCCCGACCAGAAGCGCUCGAAAUCCAUCUCGACUCCUUGGAAAGCGUCAGAAAGGGUGCCGAGGAGUUCCUGCAACGUAGCUCGCAGCUCAAUAUUCUGAUCAACAAUGCAGGCGUCAUGGCUUGCCCACAAUCAACGACCAAGGAUGGGUUUGAGAUGCAAAUCGGCACCAAUCACUUUGCUCACUUCUUGCUAUUUCAACUCCUGAAGCCUUCGCUCCUCUCUUCGAGCACUCCGUCAUUCAACUCUCGCGUCAUUAAUGUCUCGUCCGCUGGUCACAGACGCGGCGGAUUCAUCUUUGAAGACUACAACUUUCUUAAGCCAGGCUCGUACGACAAGUGGCGAAGCUAUGCCCAGUCCAAGUCCGCGAAUAUCUACAUGGCUUCGUCUAUUGAACGUCACUACGGCUCGAAGGGUCUCCACGGGCUGAGUUUGCAUCCAGGUGGAAUCCAUACCGAGCUCGGACGACAUCUGAGUGAGAACGACUAUAAGGCCCUGGGUAUUGACAAAUUCGUGAACAUGUGGAAGAGUUCCGAGCAGGGUGCGGCAACAACUGUGUGGGCUGCAGUGAGCGAUCAUUUUGAAGGCAAGAACGGUGGAAGAUAUCUCGCUGAGUGCGCAGAGUCCGGGCCUAUGCCCGAGGACGCUGGAGUCGGCGCUCCUGGAUAUGCGGCGCACAUCUACGAUGAAGAGAGCGAGGAGAAGCUAUGGAAGUUAAGCUAUGAGGCUGUUGGGUUGCCUGUGGAAGACUGA